GGGGCCCACAAUGCACGGGGCAUUCGCUUUGGCGUGCCAUGCGACCUCGUGUUGUGCAAGUCCAGUCUUGUGUGCGUGGUGUUCACGUGUUAUCUUAUGUUGUGUAAGUGCACCUCAACGCUUUUGGUGGUAUAGUUAAGUAGUCUUGGCCUGUCACCACCUCGCGUACAUUCAUAGGGGCGGUGACUUGCCAGCGAGUUUGCGCCCUGGCAUAAUGCCAACUCAGAGCGCACCCGGUCGCAAUCAAUAUAUUGCCCCCAUGCACCUUGCAGCAGCCUGCGAGAGCACUCUGAAGAUGUCCUUGGUGUCUUUAGGGCCUUUUUGGAGUCCUAUUAGCCUCUCUUCCGCGAUCUUGAAGCCAUUUCGAGGCAUCUGAAGCGUGUCAGAUGAGAAAGAGCACGACCUCCCCCAAUGAUUGAGAAGCAUUUUCGCAGCCGUUUUGGCCGAAGGCCGUCUGGAUUCAGAUUGCGUUCGGGCUCCAGUCGGUUUCGUUGCACCGCCCUCUCGUUCCAACAGAACGUGCAGCGGAGCGCCGCUCUCUCGUUCCAACAGAACGUGCAGCGAUGCUUGCCAGCAACGUCGGCUUUGAUGCCGACGCCAGCGGCGAUCUGCGUCCGCGUCCCGACCAGAGCUGGGACCUCGGCGUGCCUCGCACCGAGUGCUGCAGCAGCCUCGAGCAGCGCCGGUCGGGUACGGGCACGACGCACCUGAAGACCUGGCCGGGCGCGCAGAGCUUUUGCCGCUGGCUGGAGACGUCUGGGGGCUGUGCGCAGCUUGGCUGGAGCGCGGCUCGGCUUCCGAGCUCCGUGGCACCCAGUGGUGUUCGCCUGCUGGAGCUGGGGAGCGGCAGGGGCUGGCUGGGCACGGUUCUCGCCAAGAACCUGCCAGGCGCGCUCCUGACGCUCACGGAUUUGCCGGAGGCGAUGUCCCAGCUUCGGAAAGAUGUGUCGGGAGCGGUAACCACAUGCGGUAGUUCAGCGGCUCCAAUUGUUCGGAGUUUGGAUUGGGAGGACUUGGCAUGUUCAGAUUCUGGGCAGUCUCACUUGAAGUCUGGCCUUGGGUCACGUCCAGAGCGAGCGAGGCGAAGGAUAGAGGUUGCAAUGCCUGGCGCUCUAGAGUAUCACACAGUCUUCGGAACGGAUCUAUUCUGGACCGAAGCCGGUGCAAGGUGCCUCGCGGGCGCAUUGAGUUGCUUUGCUUGGUCAGCGUCGCCUCUUGGUGGGCCGCGCGUCGUCUUCGGCCACUGGAACCGGAGCAGCUCCGUUACAUCUUUCUUAGUGGACGAGCUCAUCGCGCAGGGGCUUUCGGUCAAGGUCCUUCAUCCAGCUGGUUUUCAUCCACGGCCCGGAAGUUUUCUACACCAGCUCAUUUGCCCGAAUUCGCCCAUGGUCGGCACGAAGGUGAUCGCUUCUGACUCCGUGGUCAGUGACGCAGUCAUGCCUGAUCCAUUCGAUCUAGUGCCUGAGGGUGAGCCGUGUGUUACAGACUGGACACAAGAGGAUUGGGAUGAUAUUCAUUCUGACUGGCUCUUCGAGGAUGCUGCUGACAAAUUCUUCACAUCCAUUGUUCCUGGUGUUCGAGGUGGAGGCACUAUUUUGUACAGAUCUGGAAGCGGCGCACGUGGCAACCUAAGGCGAUAAUCGUAGGUCGUUGAACGGAUUCUCACACAGGCUCGUGAACUGUGGCUGCAACACUAUUUUAAGCCACCUCCCUCGGCACAGAGUCUGGCAUGCAGACUCUUGCAAUGUCGACCGGCGAGUCAUCAGAAGCCUGGAGUAUUAUGAUCAUUCAUUCAGGCCCAAUUUUUUUCUCCCACUUUCCCACUCCUGCGUUUCAUCCUUCAUUCCCGUCCACUCUUUCCUCCCACUUCCAAACCCCUUCGUUUCCCCGCAACGUCAGUUAAGUUCCGGAAGAUGCUCGAGCGCACGCUGAAGGCUGCAGGUGACACUCCACUUGUUUCAUUCGAGCGAGCAGUCUUGCGAUCUCAAUAGUCUCGCGCACCAGGCAACUUCGGCCACGUUCACACAUCCCCGCCCUUCACAUUACCCUGCCCUGCUCUAUUCUACUGACUCAGGUGGUCGUGCGCCGCUAAUAUUCUCUCCAAUCGUUUCUCCGAGCCUUGUCCUCACGUGCCAAAUGCACAAAGGCCAAUAAGUAGGCCCGUGCCAUUCGCAUGGUUUGCACUCGAUUCCGUGGCACGCGUUUGGCGCGUCGACUGUUGGGUUGGCAUGCAGCCGGCGUGGCGACUCAUGAAUUUUCAAUGUUGCGGACAUGGGAAACAGUGAACAACAGUUGGUUCCUGCAGGAAUUGUGUCACGCAUCUUUUGGAGGCUUCGUAACCACUUCCGCAUUUCGGUGCGUGAGUCAAAGCGACGCCGACGCGGUGCCCUUCGUGCAUGAGAAUUGGCACCUAGUGGUGAGGACAUCGGCAUGGCGCGGAUUCCUUCGCAUUCGAGCUCCAACCUGAUAUUCACCACACAUACUAUUGUGAGUAUUGCAGCGCGCAUGGUUCACGCAGCGUGUUAACUUACGAACGACGUGAAUACGGUGUGGGCAG